AUGUCCCAAACAACAUCAACGCCUGCCGAGCACGCGAAUAUUGAACGGUGUGUUGCCGAAGUUCUUAGUGACUACCGUAACCUGCAGGCCAUUGUGAUGCGUCAUGAGGCCACAAUUCAAAAACGUUGGUCCAAAAAGACCAAGGAUCAACGUGCAAGCCUCUUGCGUCAAGUUUGGCCGGACAUUGCCAAGCGAAGACAAGGCCACAUGUCUGCAGCGAACAUGGCGGGGAAAAGAACUCCCUGGAAGCUCUCAGCCAACAGAGAUCAGCCAGACAUAUCCGAUCUCUCAACACUAAAUACAUGCACACAUAUCAACUUAGAAGAUCUAUGCAGGCCGCUAAAUCUUCUAUCGUUGAUAAAGUCAAGAGCACGUCUUCACCCCUUUACAUUUGCUGGACAAGAUGGGGCGAGCCUAUAUAACGGGGCCUUGAAACAGUACAAAGAAACAAUCCGAACCGAAAGCGUGGUCUUCCUCAACGGCGAAGAGGACUACGGGAAAAUCAUGUUGCGAGAUGACGUCCCACCCCCCUAUAAUAGCCUUCAUCCCGGUAUACUGUUUCAAAUCCCCGAAGCAUUCAAUAUUCUUUUAUUUCAGAAGUUCCUGCUAGUGUUUUUGAUCUGCUGCUGCAUGUCCAUACUACACGAUAUUCCUUCUGAUGAGAUGAUCUCUAGCAAGUAUCCAAUUCAACCUGAGCCAAAGCUGAAGAAGAUUCAGGCUGAUGAGAGUCGGUACACAUCUGUCUCAACUAUAGUCGAGGAGGCUGCCUACCUCCCUCCUCCUGGUCUCGAUAUCCACCGUAUCCAUGCGCUUCUCGAUGCCAGGUUUGCCGCAGCCGUGGAUCACAUGGUGGCGCUUCGUGAAGAUCCUGCGUACUUCGUGAGAGAAUGGAAAGAAGAACUGGAGCACAACCCGGGUACAGUCCAAGACAGCCAAGGACGAAAAGGUUAUAGAGCGUACGAACAAUUAGAGAUGUUCAGCAGGCUUCAGGGGCUAUCGGCGAAGGUAAAGGAAGAAUACUUGAUGCAUGGGCCAUCAUUAACUCCGGAAAAGGAUCUGCCCAUGCCACUCUUCCAUUCGUUGGUCGGUUUCCGAAGCGCACUUCACAAGUCGCUCGUCAUACUCCUGCACGCAAUUCAUGAUCAAGUGCCACCUUCGCCGCCUCUGCGCCGAUUCUUCCUUCGCCCGGAUAGUCAUCGUCAGGAAGCUCAGAUCAAAUACUCAGUCGACAAGUCAUCACUUGGCAUUAAGUUCAUUAACAAAAUACUGCCAUUGCUUCAGUGCAUUGAAGCCUCUGACCUAGAUAAGAUGUCUGCUUAUUUGGAUGAGCUAUCCCGGUACAUGACGGAUGAGCCACAGGCUCGCGACCUUCUAAGCCCGAUGACGGCGGGCAUUAUCGGCGACCUCUCCAUCAUCGCACAGUGUACCAACCAGCUCCAGAUGUUUUUUCCCUGGUCUCGAAGCUUUGAACAAGAAAUGGAAAGAGUCGAUGACAUAAUCUCCGUUGUGUGGGAAUCAUGUUUCGAGCCCAUUGCCAAAGCGACUUCUCCCCUAGUCGGGUCACUGCUCAAAGAUGUUCCCUUGUUAUGUGAUCCGACGGAUCACAAAUACGAUCAUCCGUCUACGAAGCGUAAGACAAAGGAGAACACGGAUAAGAUGCGGCACGCGGAAGGCAAUUUGGAUUUAAUCUGGGACUAUAUGGACGAGAAGGCCACUCGAGACCAGAAUCUGGCCUAUAAUUGCUUGAUGAGGUUCUUCCAUUACGUCCCACAUCCGAAGCAUCGCACGCCUGAGUGGAUAGAGCCAUCACCAACACCGCUUAACCAUGCCCCUUCACAGCCUCGCACCGAAGAUGAGGUUCCGUUUAGUGUCCUGGAAAGUCUUCGCAUUGCGAGCGAACAGAGCCCCGCCAGCGAGGAGCCUAGAAAACCCAAAACGAAGACACGAGGUCAGCCCUCGACGCAGGAUCCGCCACUUCCUGUUCCUAUUGAUGACGAAGAGGUGGAACCAAUCGUCGAACCAAUCCAGGUCAACGCAAAAGCCCUGCGUGUUUUCCGUAAACUAUUCUUUGAUCCUGAUGCGCAUUCAGAAGCAGGGACGCUGUCUUGGAAGGACUUUGUCUACGCAAUGACCUACAAGGGGCUCUAUUCUAUAGAACCAGUAGGUGGGUCAAUUUGGAGGUUUACGAACCAGACAACAGGAAAUGCUCUGCUCUUCCAUAAACCACACCCGGACCCGACAUUCUCGCCCCAUCAGGUACGACGCAUAGCAGGUCGACUGCGAAGGAGACUCGGCUGGCACGCGAAGGCUUUUGUGGUUGCUUAG